AUGGAAAUAUUCAAUCGACUUGACUCUAAGCGCUUUGAAUUGCCAAAAGUGAAAAGUUCUGAGAAUGCUCCCCUUUGUGACUAUUGCAAGAAAAGAGAGGCAGAUUACGAGUGCGAACAGUGUGAAAAUGAGACGGGAGAAACUCCUAUUCGGUAUAUUUGUGAGAGACAUCUUGAUAGAAUCCGCAAACAUGAGGAGCCCAACAGACAUAACUACAGAAAGAUUUCCGAUUAUUCGGAAGAUUCGCUGGUCGAUUUGAUGAACACGUCGAAUGUUCAUAUUUCUUGCCUGAAAGGUCAAAUAGCCCAACUAAAAGGCGAACUCGGAGAAACAAAAGAAAGAAUCGAGGAUCAUUUCCAGAGGCUAAUUCAAAGUUUCACUGAAGAAGUAAAUUUGCACAAGCAGAAAUGCAUUAGAGAAAUUGAGGCUGAAAGCAAUAAGAAAAAGAACGAGCUGCUAUCGCAAAAGUCUACGUUGGAGAGAAUCGUUGGACACAUAAAGACGUUAAGCGAUCAAGAAGCGGAAAAGGCAGACGAAAAAGCGAAAGAGAAUGAAGAGGCGAAUACGAACGUGAAAGAUACGCAAAAUCAAAUUUAUGACGACGCGCAGAGAGCGAAACAGUAUCGUCCAUCUGCGGGGCCUUUCUUCAGACUACAACCCUUCGAUGAGAAUAUCAAGCGUUUGGUUCGACAAGUCAUCGACUACGAUAUUGUGACUGAACCGAUUGACUUCAACAAACUAAAAGAAGCAACUGGCAUGACAAAACCGCUCGUAGCUGGUCAUGUUUUUUCUUUCAACGCGCAAGAAAUUCCCCUUUGGUGCCUGCGGGAUUGCCCAGUCAUCAUGCUCCCCAUCCAGAUUUGA